AGGCUAGAACCAGUGUAGGGUGGGGGAGUUUCAGUACAGUCCGAACUUUGAGAACAUUAGAAGAUGUACCUGGUAGUCCAACCGAAUUCACGGUGACUUUUCAAAACGAGACGACAGUUGGAAUACGGUGGAAAUCUCCUAAUUUUACCAGAGGAAUUAUUCAAGGAUAUAAGAUUACUUAUCGCCAAGGAAGCAAUUCCAAAGAGAACGUUUUGUUUGUUGCAUUCCAAUCUGCCUUGAUUGAGGUCCUUAUAACGAGAUUGGAGCCUGGCGAAUACUACCAUUUCAGAGUCGAAGCAAGGUCCGGCGUUGGAUAUGGUCCAAGCCUCAACGGCUCAAGCUUCACAUUCCCAGCUAUACCUUCAAAACCACCAAUACCAAAGAUAUCUUAUAUUAACCAGCAACUUACACUGACUCUGAAUCCAAGUAUUGUCACUGCAAAACAUUUUUAUAUGGUGCGGGUUUAUGUCGAUGACGUUAACGUUAGUACUUUAGAAAUGGGGAAUAAUUUGGAAAAUACGGGUCCAUCUGGAACUGUUAUUCUAAUUCUGGAUCAAAAUGACCUCGCACAGACUGUAGUAUACAUACUGGGAGAUAAUACCACCAGGCAUGGCGUCCAAAACAUAAUGCUCGAGUCAUAUCAUACCUAUAAUUUUUACAUAGAAAUAGUCAUUUCAUUUGAAAAUAUUCUUAGAUCAAAUUAUACGAAAUAUCCAGAUUCUUUCACCAUUGUUCCACCAAAAAGUCCAGACAUAAUUGCAGAGGAAAGCAAUGAAUCAUCUAUUGCUGGUGUUGUGUUAGGGGUUGUGAUUGUUGUUCUUCUUAUUCCCGGCGUAGCCUCCAUUUGCAUUGUUCUCAAACGAUCGAAAAAGAAUACUGAAACUAGAUCGGAGUACGAUGGAAAUGAAACAACAUACGAUUGGGAGAAGGCAAUGAACCUUGGCGGUACUAAUCUAAUGCUCUCGGCAAGUCUCCGUCGUAGUCUGGACUCGAUAAGUGGAUCGUUGCUGGGCAAUACGUCUCUGAUAGACGAACCUAUUGAAAUCGAACCAAUCAAGCGUUCGUCGUCUUGUAAAGGAGACAUGUCGGAAGUAGAACAUAGGCAUCGACGCGCGCAAAGAAAUGGGAACAUAAAGAAGUCAUUGUCCGAUACAGCUAUGUUUCAGAAAAAUAAUCUUCAUCGUGAAUAUGAUAACAAUCUGAAAACAAAGUCAAAGUCCUCGUCUUUACAAAAGAUGCAAAAUGGCUACAAUGACAGAACAAAAACUGCAAUAGCUGUGGAAAAUCAAGUUGCGAACAAUGAAAAUGUAACGAAAAAGAAAGUUCCCCCCAAACCGCCACGUCAUCGUCUGCGAAGAAGCGCCACCGGAAGUAACUUUGAGGAAUUAAAACGACGUGCAUGUAGUCCUAUUGUGGAAGAAGACUUCGAUGAAAUGAUGAAAAAUAUUGACAAAAUGUCGCACCAGCAUGACAGAGUAUUGUCGUCUUAUCCACAUUCGGAAAUAAUAACUAGUGUUGAUCGGAGCAGAGACAAACAUUCCACAACCAGUGAUCUAGAGUCAACCAAUUUAAAUGCCAUGGAUAUUGCUACCCAAACAUCCUCUGAAAGAGGAGUCGUGAAGAAACCGAAAAUGAAGCGAAGACGAAGAAUAUUAGCUUCUAAAGCAAUGUCAGAAAACAGGAGAGCACCAACUUCUACUGUUCAGGAAAGAAUGCAAAUAAACAGAAAGCCAUGUGAUAUAACUGGUUCAGUUUCAACUGAAAAUAGCGUAGAAAUUGAAAGUGUUUCUAAAGAAAAUAACUAUGACGAUAAAAAGAGGGAACGUAUCAAAAGAAAACGUGCCUUACAACGCCGGGCGGAAUCAUUGAGGAAUUACAAAGAUAAUCAGCAAGGUUAUUCUAGCAAAUCAUUUUCUUUUAACGAAAGAAGAAAUUUUCGUAAAUUCAGUGAUUUUUAUCUAUCUUCUGGCAGUGAUGGAGAAAUGAUGGAGUUAAAAAGUCCAAUGAAAUCACAGGAUGGUAGUAUGGGACUGACAAGUAAAGCUCUGAGGCAAGGUAGAAUUGAUUCAAUAGAAAUGGAAAGUCAUACGGGGGACCUUGAGAGACGUGUCAGUAAUGGGAGAAGUGUCGAUCGUAGAAGAAAGAAAUCGCAUUCUCUACGGGAAACGGGUAGUACGAUCCGUGGCGAGUAUCGAGAGCAAGAUAUCUUGAAGUUUUGGAGCAAGACAUAUUCUUUUCUUGAUGAACGGAAAAUUUUGCCACACGAGGAAAGUGUGGAGGAGUACAAAGUGACAAACUUUUAUGAGACUGAUCGGCCCCAGACGGUUUCUUUGGAACUGGAAUUCAAAUCUCUCCCUACUGGCAUGUUAGGAACCACCAAUAUUGCAAGGCAGAAGGCGGGGGUUCCCUCUCACAAACUGUGUCUGGAGUCUUACGACCAUUCUAGGGUCAUUUUGAAACCAGAAGGACCAGAUGAUUACAUCAAUGCAAGUUAUAUAAAAGACCGAUCUAGGGAUGGUUGUCAUCGUUAUAUUGCAGCCAAAACACCAAACGACGAACCUUCUGCUCUGAAGUUUUGGCGGAUGAUUUUACAAGAGGGAACAAGAGUUAUCGUUAAAUUAUCGCAACAACCAGACAUAUUCCCAUCCGAAAUAAUUAGUCAGACUGGCCAAGUCAAUGACAGAUUCAAACUGACUCAUUGUGAAGAUAUAUCCGUCCACGAGUGUGCCGUCCGUUACAUGAAAAUAAAGAAUGUUCUGGAUCAGAGUACUAGGGGUCUGUACAUAAUUCACGAUUUACAAUGGCCCGAUGAUGAUAGAUAUUAUUUGCCUCAAAGCACUAAGGAUUUUCUUUCUAUGCGUGAGGUUGUCCGGAAAUGCCAGGGCACAUCUCUCGCUCCCAUCGUUGUUCAUUGUGGUCAAGAGGAUGGAAGAAGUGGUGUUUUUAUCGCCAUAGACGCGUUACUAUUAGAGUACGAAAAACAAAGGGAAGUUAAUAUAUUUUCUUUUGUCAGAAAUAUGCUGAAAGACAGAUAUGGUAUGAUCAAAACAGUAUGGCAGUAUCGUUUUAUCUAUGAAGCACUGCUUGAGGCGCACUGGCAAACUUGAUUACUGACAGUUUUCCCUUUUUAUUAAGUGUAUUGUUUACGGCUGUAAUACAUUUUGUUUUCAAAAAAUCAAAUAAAAAGAAA